AGAAUCCAUUACAUCAAUUGUGCUGGUUAUGUGUACGUAUUGUGAACUUGGCAAAACGCACGAGCAACUCACAAGCUGUCAAAGAAAUUGAAAAGAAUACUUGUAAUAUGGUAUUGGACAAUAAUAUGGUGUGUAAUGGAGCAAUUGAGGUGUCUGCAAUGUAUUUUGGUUGGACUCCUGCUGUAAAAUUAUGCCAUAAUUUGUAUAUGUGUGCAUCUCCAAGUUCAGACGGAAGAAGCAAGAUGAAGUCUCCUGUGAAACGAGGACGGCCUCCCAAUGAAUUGACAAAAAAAGUUCUUGAUAUUUUGUACAACGAUGAGUUCCCAGUUUCCGAAAAUCAAGAUCGUUUUCGCAGACAAGUAAAUGUCAAUGAAAGUGCAAUCAACUUCAACGGCUUUAAUGAUAUCGGGAAAAUGCUCCAAGGACAUGUUACCAAUUUCAACAACGACAUCGUGCAUUUUUUGAAAAAGUUCCAAAAAGCAAUUAGUGUAUCUGGACGGAAUGAAUAAAUAAAUUUUAGUACUGUGAAUAUAAUUUUUAUACGACUUGAUAUCUGAAAUAUCUUUUAUAAGAAUAAAUAUUGUAUUUUGUA